AUGCUAGGCUAUGCAGGCCAUUGUCACCAAGCCAAGUUCUGGAAUUAUGGCGACACAUUCGGUAACACCACAGCGAAGUAUUUCCAGGACAGAAGGAUAGCAAAGCUGAACAAUAGUAAGGCGACACAGCCAGGAACAUACGGUGAUGGUAGACCUGAAUUUCUCUCUGUUUACUCCAACACGCCUAACUUGGUCCUCGCUGCUCGAAUGAAAACAAGAGAACGGCGGCGCAAUGCUAAGAAAUACUCUCUGUUUAACGAGCACGAAAGGGGACGAGAAGUAAAGAAAUUUGACCAGUUAUUUACUUCGGAUAACUUGAGCGCGUCUAAACUUGCUCAGAGUCAUCGGGAAUAUUACAAGGAUAGAAGUGGUACAGUUCUAAGAGUGGAGCAGUUUGUUAUCCCCCGGAAAGUGCAGCCAGCAAUAACCAGAAGUCCGCUAUGUGAAAUGCUUGUAGAAGAGAAUGGCUGUGCGUUCACCACCAAUCACGGACUAUCUUACGAAAUGAGCCCUCCUAUGGCCUGCACCUGGAGGGACCGGGGUCUCAGAGAUGUGUACUUUGAGAAGAGAUAA